AUUAUACUAUUGAUACUAUACUAUAUGCUACACUUAAUAAAUAAUGAAAUACGUGUAAGAUUUGAAAAAAGAUUGAAAAUAUUCUAAAAUAUAAAUGUAGAAGUGAAAAUUGCUAUCACGCUCAUCUAUACAAUCAUUCAAAAAAGUCUAAAUUCAAGACGGCGAGGUGUUUUUGUCAGCUCGUCCAACACUACAUCAGCAUUGAUAUCUAGCUCUCUGUGAGUAUUGAGCAUAGCAAGCCCGUUCAACCUUUGCUGGCUAGUUGUGUUCCUUAAGUAAGUUUUCAAUCUUCUAAGAGAUGAGAAGGACCUUUCACUGGUUGAUUUCGAUACAGGAAGAGUGGUAAGAAUUUUCAGGAGGGUGUUGAUAGUGGGGAAAACAUCCUGAUGGCAGGCAGUGUAAUAAUUGAUUGCCUUCCUUGAGCUAAUUUUCAAAUCUUUCACCUUCUCGUACCACAUAUGGAGUUCCCCAAUGGCAGCGAUGUCACCAAUUUGAAUAUCUUCUUGAUAGAAAUUCAGGAGCUUUUUAAAACUCUCUUCCUGUGUUCUGGUGACUUCAGCAUUACUGGUAAUGCUUCUUCUUUAAUAUCAUUGUUGUAUAGGUAUCUAACGCCGAUUGAUGCUUGUUCUUAUGUUGAGAUGUCUGUCGUUUCAUCUGCAAGAACAGUAAAACAUUUCGCGGAAUUGACCAUCUCAACCAAUUUCUUCAACAUUAUAUCGUUAAUAGCCAAAAUAAUUUCAUUUUGUGUUUUUGGUGAGAGGUAAAGUGCAUUUUUCGAUUAUAUUUUUAAAUGUUUUUUCAGAGCCUCAUCUCCAGAAUUGGCUCUGAAUCUCAGAAGAGCUCUGAAGUUUCCCUCAUUUUCAACAGGACAAAUUUCCAAAUUAAGCUUCUUGUGGUCUCGAUGGCCUCGAAGUGGUAUACCCUGCCGACCGCAAAAAGUUACUGUUUCAAUUAUGGCAUGGAGUUUAUUCACUUUUCGGGAUUUCAAAAUUUCACUAUCGCGGCACUUCCUGGUUCCAUAAUACUGCUUCCUUAGGUUGUCUCGUGGAAUGGUACUGUAUUUCUUCCAUGGAUCUCAUCUUCGUCACGGAAAUAACCUUUUACUUCGACGUCCAUCAUAGUUCUGGUGAUCUUCUCUUCUUCUUAUUGUUGACGAUUGAUUGACAUAGGACUGGCUAGCUUUAUUUUCCACAUAACAACUUUCAUAUAAGGACUGGCGGUAGUAUGAUUCCAAGGCCAUAUUUAAUCAUACGGAAUACAACGUUGAAUACCAUAAGUCCAUUCAUAAAUACUCGACUAUCGGUGAGGGAGCCAUUUCUCCCAAAUUAAACAUACUGGUCGUCCAACGACGUCUACUGUACUACUAAUCCACUAGCAUACUUCAACCAUUACAUGUUGGUUUCAAGAUUCAGGAUUCUCUGAGCAUCUUCUUCAUCCUCAGUUUCAUCGUAAUCCCAUCUUCUUCUUCCUCCAUAAUAUAAUCUUCUUCAGUCAACAUAUCUUCUUCCUCGUCUUCUUCUCAGCUUUUCUCUAAAGCUCCUCUUUAUCUAAAGCCCAUUGAUUGAUCAACUCUCUAACCAGUUUAUCGAAAAGGUUAUCGUCAAUUCAUGAUGUCAUUUCAGUUUUGGACAUUAACACAUACAAUUGGAAGUAAGGUCAUUCCGUUAACUAGGAUUUGAUCCAUCCAUCUUCCUGAAGUUACCUCCAUCUUUCGUUGUAGACUUCUUCUUCAAUUCGCAAAUUUUCAUAAAAUAUUAUGAUUGAAUUCGUUAAGAUGGCGUCAGGCGAUGAUGAUCGUAGUGAAGACGAGAGCGUAAGAAGUGAUAAAAGUAGCAGUGUAAUAGACAAUUAUUAUAAAUGUUGUUCCAAAAAGGCAUGUACUAUACAAGUUUGUAUAAAUUGCGAAGGAAUUUUUCACGGUUCCUGCGUGAAAAAGAAAAAUUUCAAAGUUUUAAGCAAACGUCAUAUUGAAUGCUGUGAUAAGAUUCCCGAUGAAAACAAAAAGUUAAAUAAAGAAGAAAUACUAGAACUGAAAAUUGAAUAUCUGAGUAAGUUGCUAGCUGAAUGUCAAGAUAAAAUUGAUGUUUUAAAAGAAAAUAAUUCCCUAUUGAAAGAAAAUAAUAGGUUAUUAACAUUACAAUUAAACUCCAUUCAUAAAAAAAGUGAGACAAAAAGUGAAUCUCAAUAUGCAAACGUUGUCAAGCGCGUAAAUAAUAAUGAUGUCAAAAAAAUAGUUCCAAACGUUCCACAGAUUGUAGUUCAAACAUCUGAGAGAAGUGAUAUGAGACCUAACCCUAAAAAACAUAACCUUAGUAUUCUUAGCAAAUCCAAUGUAAACUCUGUCAAUGAAAAUAUAAUUAAUUCUGGAGACACGGACAACUACAAUCAGUUAGAAACAGCACAGAGAAAGAAAAUGGAAGAAGUAAUAAAUCUGGGUCAACACACAGACUCAAUUAAUAACAGAACACAUUUAACGCCUGAGAAUCAAGAAGAAUGGAGAACAAUGCAUAGCAGAAAGAAGAGAAAAUUCAGACCAACUAGAUUUGGGACCUGUAAGAUGACAGAAGAUAUUGCAGAAAACAGCUUCGUUGGGCAAAAAAAAAGAGCAUGGUUCUUCAUUAGCCGUGUAAAAGCUCAUGUCACUGAACCUAUAAUUGAGGAAUAUAUAAGAAAGAAACCAGGAUUCGCUAAAGAGGUUGUGGAAAUUAAACAAUUAAAUUUUGAAAAUAAAAAAAGUGCUCAAAAGAGUUUCCUAGUGAAAGUUCCUUUUACUAAAAAGGAUGAAUUAUACAAACCCGAAUUUUGGCCCGAAAAUGUAGUUAUAAAAUGAUUCAACAUGCAUGUGUAUAAAAAAAAUAAUACUGCGGUUGAUUUUUUAUAAGAAACAAGUCGCAGAAAGUCAAAACCAGACAUGAAACAGCCAAUAGAGAGUGUAGUAUUAUACAUCAAAAUCUGCAGUCUAUGGGCAAUAGUAUCAACGCUUUUCAACAUUUUCUCUUGACUCAACCUACCUACAAGGUUGUUUGUGUAACACUGGAGCACUGGAAAAGUGAAGAUGAAUUAGUGCACAAGUUGAAUAACUUCAACUUGAUAUCAUAUGUGUGCAGAGACAGAGGCAAACACGGUGGAUCAGCAAUAUACAUCCAUGAAGAAGUCAAGUGCAAGCGGAGAAAGAAAUUAGAAGAGUUUUCCAUAAUUGGUCAGUUUGAGUGCGCAUCUGCUGAGUUAUCACUGGGCAGUGAAAGUUUUAUUGUGCUGUCAGUGUACAGACCAUGCAGUGCGGCAAGUGACAUAGAGGUGUUUCUAUCACAACUAGAAAAAGUUCUUGCUGUGAUUAUUGAGGAAAACAAAUUCAUCAUUGUGGCUGGAGAUUUCAAUAUUGACAUUUUGGAGAAUACUAGUAAAAGGUCGGAUUUCCUUACAUUAUUGUGUUUAUACCAACUUUUUCCCACAAUAAAUGUUCCUACUAGGGUUACAAGUUGUACAAGUA